AUGCCGCCACCAGCCUGGGACAUAAACUUCCCGCACAUCCGGGACGCCAUUCUCGACUAUGUGCUCGAUGAGCCAGAUGACGAGACGAUCAGAGCCUUGCGGGCUGUAAGCCGCAACUUCUCCGACAACAUCGACAGUCGCAUUGCCAAGCACGCGGUCUAUGUCCUAGACCCUCCGGACGUUUACACCUACAUCGGCCGAGUACGACUUCCGUUCGGCAACGGAGAGCUCGAGGAUCGAACCCGUAUCCUGGACGUGCGCCCCGGCCGCUGUCUCUACCACGGCAUGAGCCCGUCAAAGAUACUCCCCGUUCACUUCAGAAACCUGCAAUACGCCCGAGUGCUCAACGCAAACUGUGAACGCAUCCUGCUGAAUCUCAUCAGUGUCAACCCUGGCUUGACAGUCAUUUACGCCGCUCUCCAGGCGGCGUUUCGCGCGAAUAAGCCCGUCGGAAACAACUCUCUCGGCACCGUGCGGACCAUCACUGUCCUUCCCCUCAACAUGGGUUACGCCGCGAUUCCAACCACACCUGAACCGCAAACACUACUCGAGGCUCGGGCGGUGUUUGCCUUCGUGCAGCAGACGAGUGCGGAUACACACGAUGAGGUCAUUUAUCAUUACAAUUCCUGGGCGAACAUCAAGAAGGUUGGGGUCCAGUACUGCGAGAACGAUGUGCGACAAUGUACGCUUGCGGGGCCCUCGACGACGGAGUGGGGGUUCAGUGACGAAGCGGAAGUCUUUGACCGCAUGACGGUGCAUUACUACGACAACAAGAGGAGACUGGACCAUGGGCCUCAGGUGCGGCGUAUCAGUUGGUGGGAGUGGAAGCAGGAGCUGUCGGCGGACGAGUGGGAGCUGAUAGCGUCUAUCCCGGACCACCCAUAA